CAAACAUCUUCUAAAUUUGAUGUGAGAUGAAACGUUAUUCAACUAACCACCAAUUUAAUAAGGCUAAUCUAAGUUGUGAUAAAUAUCAGUGAUAAGCUGUUUCUUUUUCUCCUUAUGUUUUCUUUCUUUUUGUGGAGGUUGGUCAGAAAAUGAAAAAUAUCUCCCCUCCUUCCUCUCUUAUAGCAUGGAUCAGUAAAUCAAACGUGUUUCCUGCUACUAAUCUUUAACAAGAAAUGUAGUUAGCUAGAAUUUUAUUUGGCUAACCUUUUCAGAGUUGUUAUUCUGUGUAUCACAACUGUGUUCUAUAGGUGGUGACUUGAGAGUAGAGAAGGCAUUGAUCUGAUAUGAGGCCUGAGAAUGGAGGAACGCACAAACAUGAUGGGACCAGCAGCAACGGGGAAAAGAGCAGACAAAAAGAGAAAGUUGAAAUUGUUCCAUAUCACAGACUCUUCACAUUUGCAGACUCCACUGACAUCCUGUUGAUGAUUGUUGGCACCAUUGGAGCCAUUGGAAAUGGUUUGAGCAUACCUAUGAUGUCAUUGCUGUUUGGUCAAAUGGUUAAUAGCUUCGGAAACAACCAGUUUAGCCCCGACAUUGUCAACCAAGUUUCCAAGGUCUCUCUAAAAUUUGUAUGCUUAGGAAUAGGCAAUGGUGUGGCUGCAUUCCUCCAGGUGGCUUGCUGGAUGAUCACAGGGGAGAGACAGGCCACAAGAAUAAGGUGCUUGUAUUUGAAAACUAUACUGAGACAAAAUGUUGCUUUUUUUGAUAAGGAAACAAACACUGGGGAGGUGAUAGGGCGAAUGUCAGGGGACACAGUUCUCAUACAAGAUGCCAUGGGUGAGAAGGUUGGGAAACUUUUGCAGCUAAUAGCUACAUUCGUUGGGGGCUAUGUGGUAGCAUUUAUCAAAGGGUGGCUUCUGACGGUUGUCUUGCUGUCCGCUCUUCCACUUCUUGUUGCUUCAGGUGCUGCUAUGGCCUUACUCAUCGGAAAGAUGACAUCCAGAGGUCAAAAGGCAUAUGCAAAAGCUGCACAUGUAGCUGAACAGACAAUUGGCUCAAUAAAAACUGUUGCAUCCUUUACAGGGGAAAAGCAAGCAGUAUCUAGUUACAGAAGAUACCUUGCAGGUGCUUACAAAUCUGGAGUUUAUGAAGGUUUCGUAUUCGGAAUGGGCCAUGGCAUGAUUAUGUUAGUUGUUUUCUGCACUUUUGCUUUGGCUGUAUGGUUUGGAGCAAAGAUGAUAAUAGAAAAAGGAUAUAACGGGGGUCAGGUGAUCAAUAUCAUCAUUGCUGUAUUAACUGCUUCAAUGUCUCUUGGCCAGGCAUCUCCUUCCAUGAGUGCUUUUGCUGCUGGUCAAGCAGCAGCAUAUAAAAUGUUUCAAACAAUUGAGAGAAAGCCAGAGAUAGAUGCUUAUGAUCCAAACGGAAAAAUAUUAGAGGAUAUUCAUGGUGACAUAGAUAUAAAAGAUGUUUAUUUCAGUUAUCCAACCAGGCCUGAGGAGUUAGUAUUCAAUGGAUUCUCUAUUCAUAUACCUAGUGGUACCACUACAGCUUUAGUAGGAGAAAGUGGAAGUGGGAAGUCUACUAUUAUCAGUUUGAUAGAGAGAUUCUAUGACCCACUAGCAGGUGAAGUUCUUAUUGACAGCAUCAACAUGAAAGAUUUUCAACUCAGAUGGAUCAGAGGAAAAAUUGGUCUUGUAAGUCAGGAGCCGGCGCUUUUCGCAUCUAGCAUUAAGGAUAACAUUGCAUAUGGAAAGGAGGGAGCAACAAUCCAAGAGAUAAGAGUUGCCUUGGAACUUGCAAACGCCGCUAAAUUCAUUGAUAGACUGCCACAGGGAUUGGACACUAUGGUUGGUGACCAUGGGACUCAGCUAUCUGGCGGACAGAAACAACGCAUCGCCAUUGCAAGAGCAAUCCUAAAAGAUCCAAGAAUUCUACUUCUAGAUGAAGCUACAAGUGCACUUGAUGCACAGUCUCAAAGGACAGUACAAGAAGCUUUGGACAGGGUCAUGGUCAACAGAACUACUGUUGUUGUUGCACAUCGUCUGAGCACAGUGAGGAAUGCUGAUAUGAUCGCUUUAAUUCAUAGAGGGAAAAUGAUUGAGAAAGGAACUCACGUAGAAUUACUCAAGGAUCCUGGUGGAGCUUACUCUCAACUUAUACGUUUACAAGAAGUAAACAACGAAUCAAAAGAAAGUGCAGACAAUCAAAACAAAAGAAAACUUUCUACAGAAUCCAGAUCAUCUUUGGGUAAUAGUAGCCGCCACACAUUUUCAGUUUCUUCAGGUUUACCUACAGGGGUUGACGUCCCUAAAGCUGGGAACGAAAAGUUACAUCCUAAAGAAAAAUCACAAGAGGUUCCACUCCUACGCCUUGCUUCCCUAAAUAAGCCAGAGAUACCAGCACUUUUGAUGGGAUGUGUAGCUGCCAUAGCAAAUGGUGCCAUACUUCCAAUAUAUGGUGUUUUGCUUUCUAGUGUUAUCAAAACACUAUAUGAGCCAUUUCCUGAUAUGAAAAAAGAUUCCAAGUUUUGGUCACUAAUGUUCGUGGUCCUCGGAAUUGCAUCUUUAAUGGCAAUUCCAGCCCGAUGUUACUUUUUCUCUGUAGCUGGCAGCAGGUUAAUCCAACGUAUUAGGUUGGUUUGUUUUGAGAAGUUGAUCAACAUGGAAGUUGGUUGGUUUGAAGAGCCUGAGCACUCAAUCGGUGCAAUUGGUGCAAGACUCUCAACAGAUGCUGCCUUUGUACGUGCCCUUGUUGGUGAUGCCUUGGGGCUAUUGAUUCAAAGCAUAUCAACUGCAUUGACAGGUUUGAUUGUUGCUUUUAUUGCGAGUUGGCAGUUGGCGUUGAUUGUUGUUAUCAUUGCGCCCCUUAUGGGAAUGAAUGGAUAUGUUCAAAUUAAAUUCAUGAAGGGAUUUAGUGCAGAUGCAAAGAUGAUGUAUGAGGAAGCGAGUCAAGUUGCUAGUGAUGCUGUUGGAAGCAUAAGAACAAUAGCUUCUUUUUGUGCUGAGGAGAAAGUCAUGGAACUAUAUAGUAAGAAAUGUGAAGGUCCAGUAAAAACAGGGAUACAACAAGGUUUGAUAAGUGGAAUAGGAUUUGGGGUUUCAUUUUUCUUACUUUUUAGUGUUUAUGCAACGACUUUCCAUGCUGGAGCCAGAUUUGUGGACGCUGGCAUGGCAUCAUUCUCGGAUGUUUUUCGGGUUUUCUUUGCUUUAACAAUGACAGCUAUUGGAAUUUCACGGUCAAGCUCCCUAGCUCCCGAUUCUAGCAAAGGCAAGACAGCUACUGCUUCCAUAUUUGAAAUAAUUGAUCAGAAGUCAAAGAUAGAUCCAAGUGAUGAAUCUGGUGGCAAACUAGAUAGUAUAAAGGGAGAAAUAGAACUAAGUCAUGUUAGCUUUAAGUAUCCAUCUAGGCCGGAUAUACAAAUUUUCCGAGACCUUAGCAUGACUAUCCAUUCUGGCAAGACUGUGGCCCUUGUUGGUGAAAGUGGAAGUGGGAAAUCCACAGUGAUUGCCUUGUUGCAAAGAUUUUAUGACCCUGAUGCAGGUCAAAUUACAAUUGAUGGUAUAGAAAUUCAGAAAUUGCAACUAAAGUGGUUAAGGCAGCAAAUGGGCCUUGUAAGCCAAGAGCCAAUCUUGUUCAAUGACACUAUCCGUGCCAAUAUUGCCUAUGGAAAGGAAGGCAAUGCAACUGAAGCAGAAAUCAUAACUGCAGCAGAAUUAGCCAAUGCCCAUAGAUUUAUUAGUGGCUUAGAACAGGGUUAUGAUACAGUAGUGGGAGAAAGGGGAAUCCUACUAUCUGGUGGGCAGAAACAACGAGUAGCCAUUGCACGAGCAAUCAUAAAAAGUCCAAAUAUAUUGCUCCUAGAUGAGGCCACAAGUGCACUAGACGUUGAGUCAGAGAGAGUUGUUCAAGAUGCAUUAGACAAAGUGAUGGUGAACAGGACAACUGUGAUUGUGGCACAUCGUCUAUCUACAAUUAAAAGUGCUGAUGUGAUUAUAGUACUUAAAAAUGGAGUUAUAGUGGAGAAAGGAAGGCACGAGACUCUCAUUAGCAUUAAGGAUGGAUAUUAUGCUUCCCUAGUCCAACUUCAUACAACUGCAACUACUGUAUAAAUGGCGGCUCAGAUUACUCUAAAAUGUUUUACACAUCUAUGUUACGCCUAACCAAUAGUCACUGAAUACACUUUUUAUGUUACCACCCCUUGAACAAGGUGAAUUUGUGAAGAGUUUCAUCAUUGAUGACUCGGAUCUUAUAGUCUACCUAUCUCGAGGUUUUGAUCCAGAACAAGUUGUAUUCAAUUUUAUUUCUAAAACUGCAGAUGUUAUAAACUUUUCUGAAAUGUAAGAGGCUAUCAGUUAUUCACUAAGAACCAAUUGCUACUAUUUUCUAUUAAUUCCUCUACUUCCAUGUCAAAAAAAGUAUGCACAUAAGUAAUUUCAAUGUAAUUAUGGUACCUUUUCGGAUUUAUGUGCCACAUUGGAUGUGGUGGUUUCCGCCUCUCUGAAUAUAUGC